AUGGAGUCGGGAGCCAGAUCAGAAGUAAGGCCAGACGAGGAAGGGCCGGCCCCGGCGGGAAGCAGCAGCGGCGGCAGCAAAGUGUACCACGAGAGGCAAAGGAUGCAGUUCUGCCUCCUCCACGCCCUCAACAACCUUAUGCAGGAAAAAGAAUCGUUCACCCGAGCUGAGCUGGAUGGGAUUGCUGAAAAUCUUGUUCUUACUGAUCCAAACAAGGAGAAAUGGACUCCUCUAUCGCUGAUUUGGAAGCCCCACCACAAUGCAUUAACAGGGAACUAUGAUGUAAAUGUUCUUAUCGCGGCAGUAGAAUCUAGAAAGAAGAAGGUAGUUUGGCAUGAUCAUCGGAAGGGAGCAUCUUCGAUUGAUCUGGAUGCCGAAGCGCUGGUAGGUCUGAUGAUCAAUGUACCCGUGAGGAGGUUGAGGGGUCUGUGGACCGGGAGGCAUUGGGUGGCAAUUCGAAGCAUUGAUGGCAUCUGGUUUAAUUUGGACAGCGAUCUUCCGUCGGCCAAGCAGUUUCAGUGCAAAGAAAAACUAAUUGCGUUCCUGGACAGCGUUCUCAGUCAAGGCGGAGAACUGAUGAUCGUGCUCCAAGACGAAUGA